GCCAGACUCGGCUCGAACGGAUCUCACAGUCGGUUUUUGUCUUUGACACGCGACGGACGACGCUGGUCGUGUCGCGAUGCACGAGUGUGUCAUGUGACACGCGAGAAACAAGAGAAUAGAGAGAGAGAAAGAGUAGUUACACCGUCUCUGUCGCCUGCAGCACGAUUGACAGGGUCGUUUAACACAACAAAGAUAACUACUACGCAUCGCACGCCUUAAAAAAAAUAUAUAAGGAAAAAGGAAAGGGAAAAUAGAGUGUGAUUGUGUGCGUGCGUGCGUGAUUGGAUGCGUGUGUGUCCGUUUGUAUGCGUUAUAUUCAUUUUCUAAUGCGUACUUGCGCGCGCGAGUGCUUCUCCUCGUACCGGUUGUUACCGAGUGCAGCAGCCGUUCUCUAUGCUGACGGAUUUUCUACCCGUCCAAUUUCGGAACUUUGUAAGUUGUUGUUUCAUCAGAGCGCGCACAAUUAUGUUACCGGCUCGACACGGCAAUAGCAGCAACACCACUGCCGUCGCCACCACCGCCGACAACACCAACAAUCUCAACAACUUCCUCGGGGAAUCCAUAAGACAUUGGGUCGGAUUUUUUGCGAACGGUUAAAGAAGCCCGCCCUGCUUAUCCAGCCCCGUGACACGUUUGCUUCGGUGCGCUUCGCGGCAUUGUACGUGUUCCUCUUUCGGUAGGUACAAUAUAACACACAAAGAAGACACGUGUGCCGUCGAAGAAAUUCGAACGGCGUGAAAUAAUUACCGCUUGUUCGUAUUUCCCUCUAACCGUCACAAUUUAUACAUCCGCACGAUCUUUUUACGAAGCGGAAACUGAAAGGACGAUAAGAGAAAUGCGUACGUGUGAUGAUUCGUGAUCGAGCAAUACGAGUCAUCAUCAUAGAAGAGAAGAGAGUCAAUUGUUGCGGGUAUCGCGAAGACACAUCAGGACAUGGGAGUUCUUGGUUGUAUGCGUGGAUAUCGUAAUAUUACAGGUAAUAGGAAUGAGGAAACGGAUUUCGACGUGGGACUCGUGGUGGUGGUUAAUCGUUCUUCUGAUUGUGGUACACGUUACGGACACGUCGUCGUCGGGCUCGGGGUCAACGUCGUUCACGAAAAGAACAUCAGCCUCGUUGAGUUUGGAAUGUGCCACGGGUUGCCAGUGCCUGGACGAUGGAAGGAGCUUACUAUGCCAGGAACGAAGUUUCCUGGGGCUCGGUUUCCCGAAACAGGCUACGAACGUUGUAUUGAGAGACGUCCGGGCCGCUACCAUACCCGUCGCUGCACUCGAAACUUCGACUCGUUUGAAGAGUCUCGUUUGGACAUCGAGCGGUAUCGAACGGCUCGAAUCCGGCGUGUUCCUCGCGACCACGUUCCUCGAGCACCUCGAUUUAGGUGACAAUAGACUGACGGAAUUGCCGUCGGAUGUCUUCCAUCCAUUGCACCAACUACAGUACCUGAAUCUCACCGGCAACCAGUUGAACGUCCUUCCGCGGGCGUUGUUUCAAGGCUUGGAUCACCUCGAAGAGAUUGGAUUGUCGCGAAAUCGACUGUCGGUACUUCCUUAUCAGACGUUCGCCACGACCAAGGCACUCUCUCGUUUGAACCUGUCCGGAAAUCUGCUGGUCUCUCUGCCAGAUCACAGUUUCAGACCGAACGCACAACUCGAGCAACUCGAACUAUCAUCCAACAGGCUCACCAAGCUUCCACCCCGUCUGUUCUCUGGCCUCAACCGGUUGAAAAUCUUAGAUCUGGCCAACAACGAGAUCGACACGAUACCUCGUGGUCUGUUCGCCGAUCUCGACUCGUUGCAACGGCUCGAUCUAUCCGGAAAUCCUAUCGGUCAUAUGAGCAGCGCGACCUUUCAAAGCUUAUCGAAUUUGCGAUGGCUAAGCCUGAAGAAUCUACCGUUCACGGUGCUUCCACAAGAUAUAUGGCGACCUGUGAAGCAGCUACGCACUCUGUUGCUAUCCGGAUCGAAGUUGGAGAUCCUCCGUAACGAUGAUCUAAAAGGGUUGGACAAACUGGAGAGCCUGGAGGUGAACAAAAGCCCGUUGCGAGAGAUCUCUCGGCGCACCCUGGAUCGUACACCGGCGCUUCGUAAACUCGAUCUAAGUGACAGCAAUCUGACCUUCCUUCCGGCUAACGUGGCGCAGCUGGCGUUUUUAACCGAGCUGCAGCUGCAAGGGAACCCGUGGGCCUGCGACUGUCGCAUGUUCUGGUUCGUCAAGUGGGCCGAGAGCAAGGAACACCUUCGAACCGCCUUCCAAAGCGGUUUCAGAUGCGGCGACGAUAUCGACGCAACCGGCGAUAUCCUUCAAACUCUUCGUUAUUUGAAAUGUACACCUCCGUAUCUGACGUACGCUACGCCCACACAACAAUAUCUGUUGUUGAACUCGGUGCUCCUCGACUGCGAGUUCAAUGGCAAUCCUACGCCAUCCUUAACAUGGGUCACGCCGACACUUAAGGUACUGCAUUGGAAUCCUGAUCCAGCUUUUCCCGACGCUUUUGUCGAACAUCCUCCCGUACACGGAUGGGAACAAAGUGUGCCGUUCGUUGACGAUGGUCGCGUACGCAUCCUUGAGAAUGGAUCUUUGUACAUCACGACGUUGCUCAGGCAGGAUGUUGGACAAUACAAGUGUUUCGCAGUCAAUCCGAUUGCCAAUGCCACUACCUAUAUUAGUUUGCAGAUGAAUCCAAUAACGUUACACAAAAUCAAGAUCAUCAGCAUCCUGGUAGGCGCUGCCUGUGCCACGGCCUUUCUUCUGUUAACCCUCCUCUUGCAGUUGUUCUAUUGUAUUCUUCUCAAAUGCGGCUGUCUGAAGUGGUGUUUCUGCUGCAGACGAGUCGGUUCUACGCCCAGAGGGAAACAAAUCUAUCAGAUGUUGGAUAAUAUCGAGCAAUACAAGAGCCAGCAACUCGAAAGGCUGCGUGAAAAUUACACUCAACAAGUGCACAGGAUAAAAGAAAACUGUGCCCAGCAAGUGGAAUGGAUUCGUGAUAGUUACGAAGGUCAAAUGAGGCACAUUAGAGACAUAAGAGACUAUGGGACAACUCACCUUACGGCGCUAAGAGACCAGUAUUACGAUCAGGUGAGAAAAGUAAGGGAUUACUCGACCGGUCAACUGAAUUGGGUUCGAGAAAACUAUGUCUUCCAACGUAACAAGAUUAGAAAGUUCAGCGCUCAUCAGGUUCUGAGACUUCGCGAGAGUUACAAGUAUCAGCAGCAAACGUUGAACAAGGUCCUAGAGAAUCUACCGAAUCUUUAUUUCGACAAUUGUCGAAGCGGUUCCUGCGGGAAAAGCGACUCGAUGGUGUUCAAUGCGAAGGAGGAAGGCGGUACCUACUUCAAGGCGAAGAUCAACGACCUGGUGAUCGGUACGAGCACAGAUGAUGUGAACAGCGAGUAUUACACGCCUACGGAACUUUCCUCGGUCAGUCCGCACGGUGGUAACGCGUUGGAAGGAAUCCAUAUAAAUUAUAUCGAGGAGAUGUGUUCAUCGAUUCGAAUGGAUCCGCUGUCGGCGAGCGACAUCAUUCCACCGAACGCGAUCAUUCUGCACAGUAUCGAGGAGGAUGGAAGUUCCUCGUCGGUUUACAAAGAUGCAGACCACGUCAAGCCAGUUUACAGAGGCUUCAGCGCCGAAGCGUUAGCCAAAGAGCCUAAAGGAAGUGCAGAAAGUCUUGGUCUUCUUGUACCUAGUAACAGUUUACCGGAACUACCACGUGAAACCAAACUUUAGACAAGGCUGUAAACGACAGCGUCGAAAGGGUACUAAUCUCCAUCACUUCUCGAUCUUUCUCUCUCUCUCCCCCUUUAUACAAUACACAGCAGGAAUACAAUUAAGACGAGAAUUGUACUGCCACCGGAUCAUUAUGCGAGCAAAAGCAAAAAUAUAAUAUAGAAGUGCCUCUAACACCGGUAAGUGGGAAUACACAUUCGUGAGGUGGUACCUUUAUCUCUCGUGAAACUCCGUGUUUCUUUCUUUUAUUUUUUUUUCCCCCUUGUUUUUCUUUAUUUGCUCAAUAAUUUAUGGAAACGAUGAGAGAAAGAAGAACGCCUACGAGAAACCAGGAGAGACAUGGAACGUCUCUCCCUACCGGCAUCGAUGGAAUCUGUCGAUCGAUCCUGUGUGCGUGUGUGUAUUACUUCAAGGAGAAUAAAAUGAAAAGACGAAAAGUUAAAAAAAAAAGUCGCGGACAGCUUCCAAGGACUUUGGUCGUGACCAGGUUAACAACCUUGCAACCUGUCCGCCCUUACGCUUCGCGCUUUUCAUCGCGAUAACGAGAUGGUUUUUCUUAAAAACGAUUGCUGGAAUGAUACGCGAGAUGUCGUAAUGUUAACUGUCAACUGUUUUAACGAACGAUAAGUCGCGUGGAAAAAAAAAAAAUGGAAAAGAAUGGACACGAGUGAAGCGGGUAUAAAAAUGUGUCCGUUGGACGAUUUAGCUGAAAUUGUCAAUUUCAUCGGAAAUUAAAGAAAAUGAUUUUAAUGAAAUUAUAAUCCUCCGACUCUCGCGUCAAUAUUCUCCUGUAAAUAAGUGUUUGCGAACGAUUUGUGACCAGUUUACAGGCGUGUGAUCACAAUUUUUUUCUAUGAAAAGACUGAAUCGACGAACGCGUUUUGUCCGACGAUAUAUCCAUUGAUCCGAUGUCCGACGAUAACUGAUAUACCGUUUGCCGUACCGUUUAGGUAAACUUUGUUAUUUUCUUGUUCACUUUCGAUUUCGAAAGAUUCAAGUAGCCGGACAUCCGGGCAAACGGUUACCCUUUCCGACAUCUGCCGCUCAUUUUAAACUCUUCCCUGUUCGAUACAAUGGAAAUUGUCCGAAGUAUGGAAAUAUACAGAUUUGAAAUUCUAUCGAAGAGCAAAAAGUUAAUGCGAAAACACGUGUACUUAAUAAUCGUAACACCAGUCGAUUCGAACAACGAUCGCUUUCUGAAGAUUUCGUCUAAAAUGAGAAGAAUUCGCUGAGAAAAUAAUACCUAAGCGAUAUCUCUGAACUUAUUAUCCUUUUUUAAUAUCAAGCUCCAAAUAUUAAAGCCAGAUUUAGUCUUCUUAAUCGUUUUUAUCUGUUCGUUAUCAGUUCCGUUCAUCGCGUCUUCCUAAGAUAAUUUUUUUAAUCAACUUUCAUUACACAUAUUUACAACUACUUUGCAAAAAAAGCAGGUUUUUUUUUUAUCGUAACUGUAAAAAGAAAAUGUGCGAAAUCCAUUUGAAAGAUUGGAUAAUACGUCAAGAUGGCGCGCGGAGAGACCCUCUCCAUCUAUAAGCGUUAAAUGAAGGAAUAUUCUAAUCAUCAUAAUCACGAUCACGAAGGUACAAUUAUGACGAUACAAUUUGUCACUGUACAGUGCAAAUGAUCUAAGAUGUUAUCUUGAAACGAACUUUAUUUAUUUUAUACGAUAGAAAAGUAAAAGAAUUUCGAUGAAAACAAAAAUAUAUCAAACGCAACAUUUAAAUAAGCUUAUUAGAUAGUACAAAUUUCACGUAGUAAUGCCGAUACUUUCGCUAUGUUUAAUUAUUGUAUUUCAGGCUCAAAUUGGAACAAGUGAUCUGUACAUUUUUCUCCAUACGGAGAAUAGAAUAUGUCGAUAUUACACGUUAUCUUUAAAGAUCUCUACGUACUUUAUCUCUAAUAAUUAAAGAAAUGAAAAACUCCAAGUACGGAAAACAAUGGACCCGUGUUGAAAUUGUAGAGAAUUUUUUUUCUUCUUUUUUUAAUUGGGAUUAUUUUACACGAUGGAACACCGUUAACGAACGAGAUAAGAAAUAUAGUAAUGAAACGGUAACGAGAGCAUCGUGUAAUUAGUUAUACGGGUAUAUCCGGCUUGAACGGCAUACAUUUAUCCUGUAUGAAUUAUUUUUUAAGCUAAAUCACUGUUAUAAUUAUAAACGUUUCAAGAUCAUAUUUUUUCUGUCCUUUGAAUAAAAUCAUAGAUUUGUACUGAAUUUGCUGUAAGUUCUAGAACAAAUUCAACGAAUUAAACGAUACGUGUCUCUGAUCAACCCCUCCCGGAAUACUCUGAGAGAGUAUUAACGUGGAACAGUGGUUCUCAAAUGUCGCGUUUGAACAACUGUUUCCGUUUAAAAAAGACAAUUUAAUGAUUUGAACAGACAUCUUACUAAGCUUUAGUAGUGUUUAGUGAUGUUGGGUACUUUUCAAACACAUUUACCAACCGUGGUAGAAUAUUAAAUAAAUCAUUAUGGAUCAUUGAAACUCAGGUAUGAUUAGUAUCUGAAAUAUUUGUGUACCUUGGGUGGGUGCAACGCAGGUUUUCUUUGGUCAAAGAUAAGUGUAAGGGGAGGAGCCUCCCACUACGUGAGAGAACCUAAAGAAAUCCCAAGGAGAGCCUAUGAUAGAACCUCUUGUCCUCGCACGUACAGAACAUGAACAAAUAAGGCAAGCGAUGGAACAUUCCUUCCUUUACACUUCCUUUUUCACUAAAGAAGCCUAAGCGACACGCAGUGAUAAGAGUUACGAGAAAAAUAGUUAAAUGUGAUUAAAAAGCGCCAAAAUGUUCUUUGAACGCUAUUGAAGCUUAGCGACAUGCCCGUUCUAACCACAAUCCUUCCUUUUGUUUAUAUUUGAAAAAAAUAAUUGAUACCGCUACGUGUAGCGUUUCUGAUACAUGGAACAUUACGUUGCAAAGUGAUAAUAUAUUAAAACCGCGGGAGAGUUCCCGAUUUUCUUUCUUUUCACAUUUCUCCCUACUCUUAACAUCCUUCUUUCGCAAUCCCCACUCCCUAUUCGGUGGUACGUUAUAUAGCGUCGAGGCGGCCAAGAAAGCUAAGCUAACAACGCGUGUACCGCGGUACUGCUGCCGUUAUUUUUGGAUCGUUUCACAGCGACUUCAAAGAGAUAAAAUUUUAUCAUCCCUCGAAAAUGGGGACGCGACAGACACACCAGAAAACUGCAGUUACCAUUUAAGAAACUUAAGAACGUUCAAUUGUUACGUAUUUAAGGCUUUUCAUUGAAAACGCUAAGCUCGGAAAGGUUGCAUAAUAUGAAUGGAAAAUUCUACAAUUUUUACCAUUACCAGUGAUAUUGAUUUUAUAAGAUAAGAGGACGUGAAAGUGUCAAGAGUAUUCAACGCGCGUUUGGCGAUCGGCCGCGGAUCUAUAGAUGAUGGUGUUACAGUAUUGCGCAUGCUUCACGCGAUCCGAUUACCGAUUUCUUUCUAAUUUAUGCACUCGCGCGCGCUACAGCGACGCGCUUUUAAUUAGCGCGUCCGACGUUAAUACGAAACUCUCCCUAUAUUCUAUUUUGAAAUCUCUGGCAUCUUCAUAGUUAUCUUUCAAAAAUUAUUUAUAAUUUUUGUUACUUGGAAAUUUCGAUUUUGUUAGUUAUAAAUUCAUGAUGACGGUCAUUGGCGACUCCUCCACAACAAUGAGCGUAUUAAAAUUUUAUUGAUACUGCAUACAUUAUUACGAAAUUUUACUUGUUAUCUUCGAAGCGGUAUUAAUAUAUUUCGAUUGGCAACGAGUAUCAUCAAGAGAAGUCAUUUCUGCACUGCGUUUAUAUAUUCAACGCAAGAAAAUAAUACGAAAUGACGAAGACUUGAUUUACUUUUAAAGAGUGGUCGAGCGAAAAAUCACGUAGACGCUUAAGCGUUUACUUUCGAUAACGCCGGCAGGAAUUGUCUAUGUCAUUUUGAAAUGAUCUUUGGAACUGAUUAGAAAAGGACUGACUAUUACCGCUGUAUUUGGGUGCACGAAUUUAGGUAGCCACAGAUGUAUUGUACUUUAUCGGGAAAUCGCUCGUUGAAGAGAAAUAAAAAGGAAAAUAGGCUGUGGAAUACCAUGAAAGGCAUUCGUUCGAAAAUAUUAUACAUUAUUGUGUAGCGAAACGGUAAAUGUAAAUCGCGUGUGCACUAUAUUUUAUUAUAUUAGAUAUAUUUAAAUCACGUAAUAGUUUUUCAAUAAUCAAAAAGUUCCUCUUACGAUGGUACGAAUCUGUGAACGAUGUUUCGAAUGCUUUUGGUAGCUUGUAUUUUUCUGCAUUUUUUUAAGUCUACUAGCAAAUACGUUACGAUCGCAAAUAAAAAAACUUGUGAAACCAUUUAA